AUGCCUGCAAAAAUUAAAGUGCGCAUUGUGGCCGCACGAGAUCUUCCAGUCAUGGACCGUUCAAGUGACUUGGCGGAUGCGUUUGCAGAGGUAAGAAAUGCAUAGUGACUUUAUUCUCUUUGUAAAAAGCUGUGUUUUUUAAAGUAAAUUUUACAAUAUAAGGGUUUCGUACAUCGCCCUUCAGUAAACUUACUGACUGAUCUACUGCGUGCAUCUUAAAAUUUUGAGGUUUGCUUAAACUACUGAUUUAGAGAUUCCUCUUGUCUUUGCUUUUCUUGGUGUGUAUAUUUUAGUACAGUAUCAUUGUUUACAAAUAUAUUUUAAAAAACCCGGUCAAUUACUUUUCAGCUGAACAUGUGUACUGUUUUUGGGUUAGGUUGGAUAGCUUAAGGAUACAACUUGGCUACACACUCACGGGGGGUACUCUGCAUUUCAAGUGACAGGGAUGAUCAAAUAGGGGCGAAAUCAAAAUAAUAAUCUCCAGAAGGCAUUAAAUGAUAUAAUAUGAAAAUUAAAAACAUUAGAAAUUGAAUCGUUGUGCUUGUUUAUUCAUCAUACCAUCUGAAGUUAUCUUUUCGCCAUCUAGUCUGGUAGUCAUUUCUAACAACACUUGAGACACCCACUCUUGCAAUCCUACUCAUUCACAACAAGUGUGGUCUUAUUUGUUAGGCUGUGAGCAGUCUGUUAUUUUUCUUUACAAAGUUACUGCACGCAAAAACUAAGCAAGUGAGCGGCGAGGCCGCUUGUCGCAAGAAACGAGGGCGUAAGCCCGAGAAGAAAAAAUAAGAGACUGCUGACUCUUUUGUUCUGUCUGGGGACAACGAAGCUGUCAAGGUAAUUUAAUUAAUCAAUUAAACCCGAGUAACUUGAAACGAAAUAUAAAUAGAACAUAAACAACUGAAAAAACUACACUUUCUUUAAAGCCGGUAAGAUUGCCUUGAAUUUGUUUCCCUUGAGGAAAUUUACAGCAGUUUCCUUCUGUAAGAUAUCCUUAAAAGUUUUAUCACUGAGAUUACUGCUUGGUUUGCUGUUGUUUGCAGUUGGUUGUGACGUGUGACUAUUUUUAUUGCUUGCAAUCUCACCACAGACCAGUCAAUGAUCUGUCAAGAGCUGUGCAAUUGACCAAUCGGUUACUCCGUUUCAGGGCUGAUGGAGGGUUUGUUUACUACAAAAGAGUCAGCUGUCUGUCUUUUCUCAUCUCGUCGCAAUCCCUAAAUAAUAACAUCGUGGUUUGCAAUAGCGCUGGGUGAGAUAAGAACUGGACGGAUUUUAAGAGAAAAGGCGGACUGCAAGCAGUCUAUAUUUGUAGAACUAUGCAGCCAGCAGGAUACGUGGGCACUACCAAGAAUCUUCAGAUUCUUUUGAAUACCCCCAAAAAUCCCUACUUAAAUCAAACCACCCAAAAAAUACUUGCCAAAUUUUCCCUCCCAAAAAAAUCCCAGAAUCAAAAAUUUCAAUACCAAACAAAUUCAUUGAUCAUCCCCAUCACUUAAAAUCGGGAAAACCUCCCCUGGGGCUACACUCAAUUGCUUCUGGACUUGAUAAGAAAAAACCAAGCUACAUACACUUCAAUGGCUGACUGCGUGAAAAAUUUUCGGCAUCAGUUCAUAAGAUUUUGAAGGAAGUUAUUUUCACCUUUGUAAAGUAGUUAAUAGUACACUGUUAAUUUUGUUCUGAUAGGUUCGUCUCGGUAAUGUGUUGUACAAGACAGAUGUCUGUAAGAAGUCACUCAAUCCUCAGUGGAAUUCUGAGUGGUUCCGGUUUGAGGUAUGAAAAGUGUAUUGUGUUUUUAUAAUAUAUUUGAUUUUGCUUCAUUUCUCUGAUAUUUAUUAUAAUAGACUAGUGGUAUUCUAUCAUCAGUCAUGGAAAGCAAGAAUACUUGAAGGAAAAAACGAGAAUUAAGACCUGAAUGAAAAACAGCAGGGAUACGAUCCAGAAGUUGUGAAUUAGACCAGAACAGAAACAAGAUCUGAAAAAUUCAAUAGGAAUGAAAACUAGCAAACCUUGAAUAACAACCAUAUAAUUUAUGAAAAAUAGAAGAAACAAGACUAGCAAUCAACGAUCAGAACCUGUUUUUUGUUAUUUUAUGGUUCUUGACCAAAUCGUUGAAAAAAACUGUGUUCACUUUUAGACUGAUGAUGAAGAACUUCAGGAUGAACCACUGCAGAUCAGGUGAUGAGGUUUUCCCAUUCUGAUUGUACUAAAUCUUUGUAUGUUUUUGUUGCACGCCAAGGUCAUUUCCCCUUCAAAAUGCAAAUUUAUGUCUGAUGGUAGUCAUUGCUUACAGGCUAGUUAGUUACAGAUGUGCUUGCUGUUAGCUGCGUGUGAUUAAAAUACCCACCCCUAUUUGCCAAUUUAUUACUUUUGCAAAAGAAAUAUACUGUGUUGAAAUUGUGGAAAACAGAUCAAUAAAACUAAUAUGAGUAUCCAUAACGUAUCAUGACUGAGAAUUAGACACCCCAGAUAAACUUGUUUUAUUGAUGGAAUGAUGUACUCAAUA